AUGAAUUUCAAACACGCACUAAUCAUCUGUCUCAUCGUCGCCGACGCCGUGCUGGCGGCGAAUUCGAUCGAAGAGCUGCAAUGCAAUCGGAUCGGCGAUUUCAAGGACGACCGACACAUUCACUUCAUCUUUUUCGUCGAUCGGACACUCGAAGGGCCGCUUGUGAGUUGCCAGUCACUUGCGAAUCCUACAAAUGAAUUGGUUGCGAAACGAAAAUUGAAAACAUUUUGCAGCUGACUCGUCUGUACUACCUUCUGAAGGCGAUCGCGUGCGAGAUUCCGCUGAGCGACAAGAUCACGGCGAUCGUCGGAAAGUACUCGGGAAAAUCGACGGAUAUUCAGCAGAACGGAAUGAGCAUCGACAAGAUUCCCGACUAUUUGAGCGGCGCCCGACAAGGUAGUCAGAGUUGUGGUCGUGGUGAUCCCGAAAAAGUCUCGGCCAAGAGUUUCCUAGGCUAAAGACGUUUUGCCACCCGACCAACAAUGUUUUCUCGAUUUCAGACGAAUUCGGAGGGUGUCAAAGUUUCCGGAACGCCCUCGGCCACGUGCCCGCACCCUCUCUCGACCACCCGAACGUCCAUUUCAUCGUUCCGAUGUUCGGCGACGAGCACGACUGCUACCUGCGAACAUUUCAGACCCAAUUCAAAGACGAUUCGCGCAAAGAGAACUUCUUCUUCAACGGAAUUCUCAUAAACGCACAGUUGACGGAGAAGAACAAUCAGUCGGUUCGCGUCUUUAUUCCCGAUCUCAUCGAGGCGAUCGAUCCGGAUGGUAAUCAGUGGCAAACGAUGGAAAAACAUGUGAAGUGAAUGUGUAAUAUUCAGAGCCGUCGCUCAAGUACUCUCCGAAUAUAAGUGUCGUUCAGAACAGCGAGCCAUUGUUUCAAAGUUACUCGAGAAUGUAAGUGUGCGCCAGAGGAGAAGAGCAAUAAUUUAACGGUUUCAGGCUUCAUGACAUUUUGCUCGGGAAAAGUGUUCACGAUUGGGAGUUUGUGGAGACAACCACUACCACUACAACAACCCGAACAUCCUCCCAAAAGUCGGUUGCCGACGAUGAAGAGGAGAUGUUAAUUGAGCACGACGCUGAGCGAACAACAAGUGAAUCCACAACGGUCACGUCGCGGACAAGUUCUACAGUAACCUCUACAGUAUCUACAGCAGUAGUCCGUUCAAAUGUUAGCACUGUUGUGCCAUCGUCUACUACCCGGAAAUAUUUGAACAUCAGCACAACUUUGACAAGAACAACUGCCAAGAACACUUCUACAACGCAACCGGAUAAAAGAAUAAGAAUUCAUGAGGUGACGACGUCGGAAAACGUUUUCGAGUACAAUCCUGACGACGAGGAAGACUCGGAAGAGAUGGCAAAAGCAUCGGGAGACGUGACAUCGAAAGGAGACAAAUUGUCGGAAGAACUCGACAUUCCAUGGGCGACCACUCGUAUCCCAGGUGACUUUUCGCCCAAAUAUCGUAGUAAUAACCUUCUUGUCGCUCUCAGGCUGGGAAGCCGACUUCAUGAUGUACGUGCUGCUGCUGCUGCUGCUCAUCUGGCUGUUCUGUCUCUUCAUGUGCCUCAUCUGGAUGUUUUAUUGUGCGAAACGGAAGAAGGACAAGAUUGAGAACGAGGCGGAGCGCCAACGGAUUCCACUUCUCGAGCACGAAAUAAACGAUGCGCCGGCCACGAAUUUGGCGUCGUCGAAAAGUGGAGAGAAUGAAGGAGAGGAGGAGGAGGAGGCGUGGAAGAAUGUGAGUGGUCCCCCCGAUCGGAUGACGUGGAUUCAGGAUUCCUUUUCAUUUCCAGAUCACGCCCGCCAUGUACGUGGAAGCGCUGGAAAGUGUGCGUCAACCACCGCUCGCCGCCCGAUACCGGCCCGUCGAAGUCUCGGAAUUCGAGGACGGACGGCACGACGAGGAGGCCAACGAGGCGCCCCGACACGGUUUCGUUCCCGCCAAAAAGAGUGCCGAGCUCCGUUUCGAAUGA